GGGGGGAGCUGGUGGAGAGAGCGGAGAAUCCGUGUGGACCACAGCUUGCUGCUGCAGCGGCUGAGGGGGAUGGACAGGCUGUCCGGGUACGGUCCCUCAAACACACAGACACAUAUACACACUUCAGUUUUGUACCGUAUCAUCACACUAACUGCCUAAGGAGGAAACAGAGCUGAUUUGCGACGGUUUGAACCAAAGUCUGAACAUAAACAGUGGCUGAGAUUAAAUCCUCAAAGACUAUUCCCUUUGGAAUAUGGACUUUACUGCUGAGUUGGAUUCUCAGUUUAUUCUGAGGUGACGGGAGAAAGGAUGCUCAAAGUGACUGUUCCUGGAUGCAUUGUUGAGCACCAGUUUGAGGUGGCCAACUUUUAAGAUCCAUGCAUCAUCAGCCUUGCCUGCUGGUGGACUGGGGGGGCCAUGGUGAAUGUGCCUGGGGCUACGCUCUACCUGGUGUGGAUCCAGACGCCUUCACCCUACUGACUACCCUCGGAAAAAAGGUUCUCACCAUGAUGCACCCAACCAUGGACAGGAACUGGAAGUGGGUGCUGAACUUUAGGGCUGUGAUAUUGAUGCUCUUGUGUCACAUGACAUCAGCACUGGAAGUGCCUCUUGAUCCUAAAGUACUGGAAGGAUUACCUCAACCCCCCACUAUAACGCUACAGACCCCAAAGGAUUACAUCUUUGAUCCACGGGAGAACAUCGUCAUCCACUGUGAGGCCAAGGGGAAGCCAAAACCGAGCUUUUCAUGGACAAGAAAUGGGACCCACUUUGAUGUAGAGAAAGACUCCAAAGUCCUGAUGAAGCCCGGUUCAGGAACUCUGAUCAUUGACAUAAGUGAGGAAAAGGCUGAGGCCUAUGAGGGAACGUACCAAUGUACAGCUCACAAUGAGCACGGCACCGCCAUAUCCAACAACAUCGUCAUCAGACAGUCAAGGUCCCCCUUGUGGUCAAAGGAGAGAAAUGAGGCCAUCACAGUUCAAAUGGGGCUCUCCCUAGUGCUCCAGUGCCGACCCCCUGCUGGCCUGCCUCCUCCUGUCAUCUUCUGGAUGGAUAACAAUUUUCAGAGGCUGCCACUGGAUAAACGAGUGUCCCAGGCCCUGAAUGGAGAUUUGUAUUUUUCCAGCGUUCUUCCAGAAGACACCAGGAGUGACUACAUCUGUUAUGCUCGCUUUCCACACACCCAGACCAUCCAGCAGAAACAGCCCAUCUCAGUCACUGUGCUGACCAACAGCCCAGAGGGGGAGCGUCGCCCUGGUUUCAUGUUGCCUUUGGGCCCCACCAGCACCAAGAUGGUCUUGAGAGGGGAGACUCUAGAGCUGGAAUGCAUCGCUGAGGGCUUGCCCACUCCAGAGAUCUCCUGGCAGAAAGAUGGAGGUGAGCUGCCUAGCAGCAGGGUGUAUUUUCAUAACUUCAAAAAAACACUGAAGAUUUCUAAUGUUAAUGAAGAUGAUGCCGGUGACUACCGCUGCACAGCUACAAACAACAUGGGCACUGCACAGCAUGUCAUCAAGGUCACUGUCAAAGCGGCUCCUUUCUGGGUCAGCGCUCCUAGAAACCUGAUUCUUGCCCCGAAUGAGACCGGCAUCCUGACGUGUCGGGUAAAUGGAGAACCAAAACCGAAAAUCACCUGGUUUGUUAAUGGAGUUCCCAUAGAGAAUGCUCCUGAGGACCACACCCGCAAGGUGGAGGAUGACACAAUGAUUCUCAGCAGCGUGCAGUCAGGGUCCAGUGCUGUCUACCAGUGUAAUGCAUCCAAUGAGUUUGGCUACCUGAUGGCCAAUGCUUUUGUCAAUGUACUUGCUCAACCACCAAGAGUGCUGACUCCACCCAACCAAGUGUACCAGGUUAUCACCAACAACUCUGCAUUACUCCACUGUUCCUCCUUUGGCUCACCAAUACCAACCAUCACAUGGUUCAAAGACAGUCAGACCAGCAUUAAGAAUGGUGAUCUAUACGUAAUACACGAGAACGGUACACUGGAGAUUCAUGUGGCCCAGCCAUUAAACAGUGGAAACUACACCUGUAUUGCCACGAACAACCUGGGGAUUACUGAGAACCAUGUCUACCUCGAGGUUAAAGAGCCCACUCGUAUACUGAAGCAGUUGGAGUACAAGGUGGUGCAGAGAGGAAUGAACGCUGUGUUCGAGUGUAAAGUCAAACACGACCCAUCACUUAUUCCCACCAUGACUUGGCUCAAAGACAAUGGAGAACUGCCAGAUGAUGAGAGGUUUGAGGUGGGCACGGACAGCCUGACCAUCAAAGAUGUAACGGAUGAAGAUGAGGCCACCUACACCUGCAUCAUGAAUACCACCCUGGACCAGGACUCAGCCAGCGCCAUGCUGACCGUCAUUGAGGCAACUCCUACUCCAGCUAUUGCCUACGAGAAACCUGACCCACCGACUGACCUGGAACUGACUGACCAGAAAGAGAGGAGCGUUCAGCUCACAUGGAUCCCUGGAGAUGAACACAACAGUCCCAUACAGAAGUUUAUAAUCCAGUACGAGGAUCUGCUCCACCAACCAGGAGUUUGGAUCAACCUCACAGAGGUUCCUGGAACCAGCACCACAGCCCAGUUAAACCUCUCUCCAUACGUCUACUACUCUUUCAGAGUGCUGGCUCUGAAUCAGGUUGGCUACAGCCAGCCUAGCCUGCCUUCACAUCAAUACAGGACCAACCCUGCAGCUCCUGAUGAAAAUCCAUCGGGUGUUCGGGGAGUAGGAACUGAGCCUGGCACUUUGGUCAUCUCCUGGACACCGCUGACAGGAUUUCAGUCCAAUGGGCCUGGUUUGCAGUACGUAGUGCAGUGGAGACAGAAGGAUGUGGAGGAGGCCUGGUCAUCGAAGAAUGUAGUCAAUGCUUCCCAGUUUGUUGUGACUGGAACUCCCACCUUUGUGCCCUACGAAAUUAAAGUACAAGCUUCGAAUGAUUAUGGCAGUGGCCCAGAGGCUGAAGUAGUGACUGGGUACUCUGCAGAAGACUUGCCUUUGUCUGCCCCUGAUAGUGUUCAGAUCAUUGUUCAUAAUGGUACGCUAGCAGAAGUACACUGGGAGCCUGUACUGUCCAAUUCAGUACGGGGAAAGCUAAAGGGAUACAAGGUGUACUACCGUCGUGAACGUGGCUUGCUUGAGGCAGAGGAGGAAACGGAUCAGAAGGAGCAGGUUUUAUUAUUCAGUGGGAACCAUAGUAAGGGACGUCUGCCAGGCCUCCAGCCUUACAGCCUCUACAGUGUCUUCGUCACAGUUCUUAAUAGCAAAGGAGAAGGGCUUCCAAGUCCCAGCAAGACUUUUGAGACACCAGAGGGAGUACCAGGGCCCCCUUCUUUUCUGAAUGUCAUCCACCCUAGUUUGGACUCUCUCACUCUGGUAUGGGGCCCACCACUGAACCAUAAUGGACGCCUCAUUGGAUACACACUGAAAUACCAACCAGUGAACAGCACCAGUGAAUUGGGACCGGUCAAGAUCAUGACCUUUCUAGCCAAUGAGACCACCAUCAACCUGGGGAACCUAAACUCCAACAUGCUCUAUAAGUUUUACUUAAAUGCAAAGACAAUCAAGGGCUCUGGCCCCAUGGUGACGGAAGAGGCCUUCACAGUCAUGAACACAACUCAUACUCGGCCAACUCUAGAGACAGGCAAAGUGCCUCCUGUAGGCCCUGCGUUUGGCACAGUUAACACGUCUGUAUCGGAGGACAGUGCUGUAAUCAGUUGGGAAUACUUUGGACACCAUAAGAACGUAUAUGUGGAAUAUAUUGUAGAGAACAGUAAAGAGGACUGGAAAAAGGAGUUGGUAAACAGUUCACACUCGCAUAUGGUAAAAGGUUUAAAGCCAGGGGCGUCUUAUCGGGUGCGUGUGGUAGCUAGAGACCCGGCCGACCCAACUGUCCACAGCACAGACGAAGUGUUGGUUUCUGUGCCAGCUGUACCCAGCCGACAGGUAGACAUCGCCACCCAGGGCUGGUUUAUUGGACUGAUGUGUGCCAUGGCUCUCCUUAUUUUGGUCCUUCUCAUAGUGUGCUUCAUUAAGAGGAACAAGGGUGGUAAAUAUCCAGUGAAAGAGAAAGAAGAUGCACAUCAAGACCCUGAGAUCCAGCCCAUGAAGGAGGAUGAUGGGACAUUUGGAGAAUACAGGUCUAUGGAAAGUGACACAGAGGACCACAAGCCACUGAAGGGCAGCCGUACACCAUCCAAUGGAACGGUGCGCCGUGAUGAGAGUGAUGACAGCCUUGUAGAUUACGGGGAGGGUGGGGAUGGACAGUUCAAUGAGGAUGGCUCCUUCAUUGGCCAGUACAGCGGCAAGAAAGAGAAAGACACACAUGAAGGCAACGAGAGUUCAGAAGCCCCAUCACCUGUUAAUGCCAUGAACUCGUUUGUCUAACAUCUGGCUCUGAUGGCUACUCUUUGUCACCCUGGCAAACGUGACCAUCUUUGUGGUGACACUUGCUAAGGUGAUGGUCAGUGUGGACACCUAAUUUUUACCAUGGUGGCUGUCACUUCGGUGGCCCCAGAUACCUUGUCACCAGGACUGCUGCCACGCCUGUAUCUCCAAACCUGCCAGCCCUUGUCACAUUGUGACCACCUCUGAUCAACACACACUCAAAAUGGCAAAGACCAUUAACCACAUACCCCAUGAUCAUUGACAGAAGAUCUGAAACAACGGAUGUGAAGAGAGUAGAGAGAAAGCAAUAUAUGCAGAAUAGCAAAGGAAUGUACAAAAAGGAGUUCCUUGCUUAGACUGAGCCAGAGUGUGGCUGUGUGUGUAUUUUAGUGCCAUAUUAAAUCUUUUGCAAACACACUAAACAUAUAUCUAUACAGUGGAAGAACUUAGAAAAAAUCAACUGGGCUAGAUUUCUAGGUGGAAAACCUUUUAUGUAAUGGCUUUUAUAUGUCAUUUAUAUUAGUUCACACAAACACAAACACUCCAUCCUUCUGCUCCUGGCCCGGCCCCUCUGUCAAAUUUAGAACCCAUUGUGGCCCGCAAGUCAAAAAGUUUGCCCACCCCUGGUUUAGACUGUAUAUGGUGCACACGUACAGUACUAGCGACUGGGUAUGCCUUUUAUUGUUCUUUUGUUCAGAGUGUGUUAAAUGGCAGAGGGAAAUAUGGCUGCAGUGUCUUUGUAAACACUGCUGUGAGAUGUGUGAAGAUAGUGUAUGUCUCUGUGAGUUAGAUGAACUGUUUGUGCAUAUGUAGUCGAAUAUGAAUAAAAGUAUAUUUCAAGGUUGGGAUGUCAAUCCAUUUCUAGUCACUGGAAACCUGACUAGAAACACUCAGCAUUCAGUCACUGCUUAUCACGCAAACCACCCAGAACUCCCACACUGAUUUGAUCUGUUUACCCCAACCUUGCUCUUGCUAUGCUUUCCUGAUCUUUUCCUGUACAUCAAGCCCAUGGUUCUUGUUACUGAGCACUAACCAAAUAGGAGUAGAGACUGAGCCAACAUCACUGUUGAGUGCUUCCACCCUGAAUUGCGGCCACUGUGCAAGCCUUUGUUUUAGGCGAUCAUGGCAUGGUCAGAACUGACCACUAUCCCAACAUAG